AUGGUUUCGCCGCCAGUAAGUCCCGGUGCUGCAAGUACUGAAAGUCGCGCGGGCAUUCGUGACCCCAGGAAACUUUCAACAAAGGGUGAAUCCUUGUACGAACUACUUGGAUUAUCGAAAGAUGCCACUCCAGAAGAGAUCAGGAGAGCAUAUCGAAGAUUGGCACUCCGAUGUCAUCCAGACAAAAAUCCCGACGAUCCAAAAGCCGGUGAAAAGUUUGCUGAAUUGAACCGGGCAAAUGUAAUUUUAUCCGAUGAAACUAAGAAAGAAAUAUAUGACAAGUAUGGCUCGUAUGGUAUUUAUGUAAGUGAAACAGUUGGUGACGAAGCGGCGAUGACAUAUUUGAGACUCAACAAUCCAUGUUUGAAGUGUCUCUGUAUAACAUUCUUCAUCCUUACUGGCUGCUGUUGUUGUUUAUGUUGCUGCUUCUGCUGUUCUUGUUGCAGAAAGGCUCCCGAGGAGGAUCUUCUAGACAUACCACCGGACUCAGACGACGAAAUGUACCAGAGCAUGGGCAACAGAGGAGACGGUAGUACCGGACAGCCCAUAUCCUCGGAGCCAAUUGUGCUGCCGCCACCCUCCGACUACACCUAG